CAAGACCUGGCAUGAGCAUUCAGUGAUGCAUGCUUAUAGAAAACAGCAGACAGAGCAGAGAGUUAGGGAGGCAAGGAAUAAGUUGGACCAAGCAAGGCUGAGAAGAAUGUUCUCCACAUGGGUCCAGAGCCAUCGCUUGUUGAAACAGGACCAUAGAAAGGAGCAGACAGCAGACCAACACUACAGACAACACUGCCUACAGACACACUACCACGCAUGGAGGCAGUUUGUAGCACUGUGCCUCAGGAAGACACUUCUGAAGAGGCAGUCAGAGUGGCUGUACAGAACUCGACUCACAGCAAAGUUCUUCCUUGUAUGGAAACACCAGCUGAACAUCACAAAUGAAGAGAAAGAAAAGACCACCCAAGCCCUGUGGCACUGGAGCAUAAGUCUCCAGUACAAGACACUCCAGGCCUGGCUAUCCUACACUGCGGACAGGAGGAGGAAGGCAAACAGGAUUGCUGUCGCCAUGGAGACCAGGAGGCGGAGGCUACUGAGGGAGGGCGUGGCCCAGUGGCUGGCUAUGGCUGCAGACAUGGCCGACAUGAGAUCCAAGAUGGCUGCCCAGAGACAAGCUGAGGUUGCGUACGGUACUUUCCAAAUGGUGCGUAAAUGUGCCAUGAAAUGGAGGGAGAAGACACUGGCAGGGAGAGAUAAGAGGGUCCAUAGAGGGGUUACUUCAGCACUGGGACCUGUAGUUAGGGAUGCUCCUCCUGUGACACGACCUACCCCAUCUGUAGCCUCCCCUGUAAGACCCACUCCAGCAGACCUGACAAGAGGAGUACAGGCUAUUGACAGAGCUAUGGCAGGACCUUACACUACCAGAAGAGAAAGACCCAAACCACGACAUCCUGACUUCCUGGCAGACUCACUGAAGAGGGAGGGACUUCUUCCCAAGCCUCCCAGCAAGAUGGAAAGGCCCAUUCCUACACAAUACUACACACCCGAUCAAGAGCUGUACCUUCAGCAGCAGGAUCCUCCUCCGGUCCCUACACAUGUGCCUACACAAGACAACCUCGAUGCUGCUAUUCAUCCCACUAGUACAAGAACAGAGCAGCUUCUCCAAACCCAAGUCCCCUCAAAACACCCCACCAGAGGCCCCAUUGCAGCUGACAAGACAUCCCAGCCCUUUCCGACUCAAACAAGAAUGACAGAUAUAAGACCUGAUGCUACUGAAGAUGUAUCUGAAGUUAAUAGAACAACUCCUAAAAACAAUCUAAGAAUUUUUGCGCCUCAGUCGUACACAGGAAUAGCUGAAGCAAGAAAGGACCGAGUUUCACUUGAAAACACAGGCGACAGAGAAAAGACGUUGCCCAGCCCAACAAGAGAAGUCAAACCUUUGAGUCUCACUACAGAAGAAUACGAACUGAUUCCUCCUUCAGCGUUUUUGGUCCCAAAGACAGACAAAGCUUCUAAACUGACAAGCCCCAAACAACUGCAAGGAAAGGAUUCAAGUCUCAUGCCUCCAGCACUGUUCGAAAGUCCAGAAAAAGAGGACAGAGUUGAAGAAGUGGAUACAAGAAGGGAAAGAAUCGAGAAACAGACAUCAUGUGCAGAUGGAGAGAUGGACAGAGGAGAGUAUAUAGGAGGGGAUGGUAAGAGUCGUCUUCAAAACGGACAGAAAACUGUGUUGGAAGAAAUGUUGCACAUUAAAGAAGCUAUGCAGAAGUACAAACAGAACAGGAAAGCACUAAGGAGGAUUGAGCAACAUUACAAGCAGCUGUCCUCAUGGUUGAAGGAGCAGCAGCACCUGGAUGGACAGGACGACGAGGUCCUCCAGCAGGUCAGGUUGGAACUGCAGGAGAUGGAAGCAGAAAAAGACGAAUUAAGCACAAAACUUCAGGAAGAGAAGCCUACAAUAGAGGCUAUGGCAGCCAGAGCACAGGACAUACUUGCCUUGGAAAGGAAUUUACUUACUGCAGUCGAAUAGCGAUCUUGUACAAACUUGAAGGUUGAACAGAUCAACAAAGGACAAAGCCAAAAACAAAUUGAGUACUGUAGUAAUGGAAAAUGAUUGUAUUACCUGUUAUAUAUUCAUAAAAAUG